AUGGACACCGGGCUCGUUUUCGGAAUGGAGCCGCCGCCACCAGGCCAGGUGGCAAACUUUGUCAAUCCCGACAGCGAUGGCUACAAGAUCAUUGUGCUCAAUGUGGUCAUGCUUGUUGUUACAGCCAUUGUGACAGCUCUACGAUUGUACACGCGGAUAUAUAUAGUUAAAAAAAACCUUGCGUUGGACGACUACUUUUUGCUGGCAGGAUGGGUACAAGUAUUCUUUGGACCUGUCCCCUGA